UCCUCCUUAAGCUUGUCUUCCCCAUUCAAAUACCUCUUUCUCCCUUUCCUUCCCCCCUAUCCCACUUCUUUCUCCAACUUCUUCCAUUAUUCACAAAAGUACGUAGGUAAAUCAAUAAAAGUAUUCACGACAUCAUUCGUUAUUCGUCGUUGAGUCUUAUUGUUCUCUGGUCAUUUUUCUGCUCAAUCACAUUCGCUUGGGAAUCCAUUCUUCCAUUACACUACAUCUGCCAAGCAAGCAAGACCAAUUUAAUAAUCUUUCCAUUUGGAGGAAUUUAUGGGAAGGAACCAUACGAAGAAACAGUUAGACGCACAGUUAGACGCACAUAAAACGGUCGACCAACAGAUUUUAUAUCACGACAAGGAAAGAAUUCGGGACUCUGGAAUUUCGCGGGGAACUAUAAAUUCACUCCUCAAUUUUCGAACAAGAAAUUUCACCACGCCCAGCACAUACUUAUUCACUCGACACGGAGAUAUUUUAAUUGCAAUAAGCCGUUAACCUUACACUUUUAUCGUGGACCUUUUAUAUUUCUUUUCCUGUUCGUCGUACACUUCGUACUACCUCAAGGCGCCUCGAUAUCGCCAAUCGCUUCGAUAUCCAUUUGGGCGGUUCUCUUUUUUGACUUCUGCAUAUACAUAUACAUACACAUACAUAUACAUACAAAAUGGUUGGAAAAUCAACAUUAUUGACCGUCCUGGCCUCAGCCUCGGUGGCGUUCGCUGCUUGCAGUCUCGACAGUCAUUGUCCCGAAGAAACUCCAUGUUGCUCUCAAUAUGGAGAAUGUGGUACUGGCGCAUAUUGUCUAGGGGGUUGUGAUCCUCGAAUGUCAUUUUCUGUCGAUUCCUGCGUUCCCGAACCCGUCUGCGAAAGCGCUUCAUAUACCUUUACGAGCAUGGAUGGUAUAACUUCAAACACAAAAUACUUGGGCGAUGCAUCAAAGUCGAAUUGGGUCUACAGUGGAAGUCCAGUUAUCUACGAUAAUAAUGUAUUGUUGACCAUGUCGGCAAACUCGGUCGGAACGGUUAUGGCUUCUUCGACUUAUAUGUGGUAUGGAAAUGUAAAGGCAAAGUUCAAGACUAGUAGAGGUCGGGGUGUGAUUACGGCUUUUAUUCUUUUCUCGGAUGUGAAGGACGAAAUCGAUUACGAAUUUGUUGGUUCGGAAUUGACCACUGCCCAAUCUAACUAUUUUUUCCAGGGUAUUACAAAUUAUGACAACGAGUUAAAUAUCACCCUUUCGGAUACAUAUGCCAAUUACCACGAGUACGAAAUCGACUGGACUCCUGAUGAGAUUACUUGGCUUGUAGAUGGACAGGUUGGACGUACAAAGAAGCGUGUAGAUACCUGGAAUGCAACCGCAAACCAGUGGAACUUCCCACAAACUCCUGCUCGAGUCCAACUUUCUCUUUGGCCCGGUGGUCUCGCGAGUAAUGGUGCUGGAACUAUUGCUUGGGCAGGUGGUGAAAUUGACUGGAAUUCUGAGGAUAUUAAAAACAACGGUUACUACUAUGCCGCUUUUGAAUCGGUCGACAUUUCAUGCUACAACGCAAAAUCUGCUCCAGGAACGAAUUCCGGAAAGUCAUACUAUUACAACAGUGCUUUGGGAACCAACGACACCGUGGUCGAUUCAAAAAAUGCCACUAUCCUCUCUUCUCUGUUGGCUACUGGAACAAAUAUGACCGCGGGAGAAUCAGCAGCAGCUUCUGGUUCAACUGCCGUUUCCACUGCCGCAACAGUUCCUGGACUUACAGGUUACGGUGGUGGAGGAGUUGGAGAUAACCAUUCUGGUGAUGACAGUAGCAGCAGUGAUUCUAGCUCGGGAUCAGCAACUUCAUCAUCCAGUGGUUCAUCUUCAACUGGCAGCAGUGGAUUUUCUCAAGGAGAUGGCUCUACCACUACCAGCAAAAGCAGUGCAGAUAGCCUUGUCGCAAAUCAAGAACGAGUCCUCAAAGGCAGUGUAUUUGCAGGUAUUGUGGCAGUCGUUGCUAUGAUGGCUUUGUAAAGUACUGCAUUAUCGUAUACGGCGGGUUUCUUUUUUGGCAUUUGCAUUUUUUGAACAUUAGCUUGGCAUUGGGUUGGGGAUUUACUUACAUUACAACAACAGCUUGAACAUUUUUUCUACAGCACCCUGUUCUUGUUUUUUUUUCCGAGAGUAAAUAUGGAGAGUGGGGUGGUUGAUAUAUCACUUAAUGGCGUUUUUAGCUGUCCGUUCCUUUUUGAGAGGGUGGUUAGUAGGCUAAGGGGGUUUAAUAACAGUUUAUUCUUGUGAAUAGUUUUUUUUGGCUGGUGGAUGAGGAUGGAUGAAGGAGGGUCUGAUAGAUGACGACUCAAGAUGAGAUAAAAAUGAGACGAGUUAGUGGGAUGUUGAAACGACAUGAGAUGAGCUGAUGGAUAAUGGAUAAUACAUCCUCAGACUUGAAUAACCCUAGCGUUGGCUCGAAAUAGGUAUUCAAAUCACUCUUUCGAGCGAUUAUUAUAAAUAAAUACAUCAAAUUUAAGAAUUUGAUUCAUGGCGUGAAUUUUGAGUAUUGAAUUUGAAUUUGUGUGAGUGGAUUUGAAGGGUUAUUUAUAUAUGUGUACUCAUUUUGUAGGAGGGUAUGU